CCAGGGACGACUGAAGCACUGGAGCUGACGGCCUGGACAGAGGAACAGGUAAUGGUGAGAGAAGAUGUCGGAGCAAAGGCAACGUUCCCUGUCCACCUCAGGAGAGGCCCUCUACCUAGUCCUGGGCCUCGACAAGACCUGUACACCGGAUGACAUCAAGAAGUCCUACAGAAAACUUGCUUUGAAAUAUCAUCCAGACAAGAACCCAGAGAACCCGAACGCCACAGAUAAAUUCAAGGAGCUCAAUAAUGCCCACUCCGUGCUGUCAGACGCCUCCAAGAGGAACAUCUACGACAGCUAUGGCUCCCUCGGUCUGUAUGUGGCACAGCAGUUUGGAGAGGAGAACGUCAACGCUUAUUUCAUGCUCUCCAGUUGGUGGGCAAAGGGUCUGUUUGCGGUCUGCGGCGUGCUAACAGGCUGCUACUUCUGCUGCUGCCUGUGCUGCUGUUUUAACUGCUGCUGUGGGAAGUGUAAACCCAAAACUCCUGGAGAGGAGGACCCCGACACCUACGUGUCCCCUGAAGACCUGGAGGAGCAGAUCCGCACAGACAUGGAGACAGACGCUGACGACGUCCCCAUAAUACAGCAGCCAACCAAUGCAAGCGAGAAGACCGGGUUGAUUGGUGACGGACGACGGGCCUAUACCUAACACAACUGAGAAGAACGAUCAGAGGACUGGUGAUGUCAUAGGGAUUACAGAACUGGCAUUAAAUACGUGUCUUUGAGUAUUUGUUAUUUGAAUACUUAUUUUCUGUGUAUUUGAGUAUUUUCAAAUAAUGUGGCUCGAAUCAACUACAACUAAGUAUUUAAAAUUAUUUUCAAAUAAUUUCCUAUAAAUAGCCUACUAUUUGAAAGUAUUAUCAACUUAUUUCAAAAACUAUUUUCAAAUACCUGGGUUAAAUGCAAGGGAGUGUAUUUGAGUCUGUUUAUUUCAGUAUUUUCAAAUACUUGCCUUUUCAAAUAAAACAUAUCUACUUACUUCCAAAUGUAUUUUAAAGUAAUUGAAAUACCCUAAAUAGUAUUUCAACCCAGGGGAUUUAUUCCUUGACGUGAUUAUUAUUCCUGUGGUAGAUCUCAGAAGGGUUCCAAUUACAUUCCACCCCUUGACUACACUUUGUAACUUCUGAAUGAGUGUUAGUUUGUGUGCAUUGUGUUUUGUGUUUGUUUGUUAUUUCUUCUGAACAAAAUACAAAGUAGCCCUAGUAUUGUGCGUUUAAAAGUGUG